AAUAUACCUAUUGGAUCGAUGUGGAGUAGGCCAUUCUGAGGAAAACAAACAUGGCGGCCACAAGUAGAACAAACAACGAAUUGCAGCGAAACGCUAAAAAAGCUUUAGGGAAAGCAACUGAUCCUGUAGAAAAAUUAAGACUUGCUUGCUUAUCAAGAGGUGCUUCAGGAAUCAAGGGUCUUGGAAGAACGUUCAAAAUCUUUGAUGAUGACGGGAGUAGAAGCUUGGACUUUAACGAAUUUAAAAAGGGUUUGCGGGAUUAUGGAUUACAUUUAGAACCAGAGGAAGUAAGGGAAAUAUUUAGUGCGUUUGAUAAAGAUGGUAGCCAAUUGUUAGAUUUUGAUGAGUUUCUUGUUGCACUCAGACCACCAAUGAGUAAGUCUCGCAAAGACAUAGUGCACAAAGCGUUCAACAAACUUGACAAAUCUGGAGAUGGAUUUAUUACGAAUGAAGACUUGAAAGGAGUAUAUGACGUUACUAAACAUCCAAAAUAUAAAAGUGGUGAAUGGACAGAAGAUCAAUGUUUUAGAAAAUUUCUCGAUGCUUUCGACUCACCUGAUGAUAAAGAUGGAACUAUCACUAUCGAUGAAUUUAUGAAUUACUAUUCUGGAGUAAGUGCGUCCAUAGAUAAUGACGCAUAUUUCGAUUUAAUGAUGAGAAGUGCGUAUAAAAUUUAACAAACUUAGACUGCGUUACGCUGUAAUAUUUUUAAAUAGGCUUUAUAAUUUAACAUUUUAAGCACUAUACUAGGAUUAGGUAUUUGUGUGUAAGGUCAUAAGGUGUCGCAGUGUUGUGUUAUUUCGUGUCUUGUUCAUUUUUAUUUAUCGUGACUUGAAAUUUGUGUCUUGCUAUAGGCGAUCCCAUACUCCUGAAAAACAUUUUUGUACGCCUUAUUACAUCUUGUAAUUAGCCCAACAAAUUUAUCGCAUUUUUUCAGACUUUUGUGAAUUGAUAAUGAACUGCUUUCAAGGUGUGCAUGGUCGUGCUGCCCUAAAAAAGAUUCUAGGUGAACCAUUCAAGUAUUUUUUAUAUGUGGAGCCACGUAUUGUUUUUAAAACUUAAUAUAUUAAUCUAACUAGCAAAGAUUUUUUAUUUGUAUUUAUAAUAUAUAUCUUCAUGUAAAUAAAGGUAGUAAAAGAUGAAUUAUUUGUACGAAAAAUAA